AUGAACAACACCGCCACUUUGGUUCCCUCUGAUCAAAUCAUUGUGGCCUACUCGGAUGGUGAGAUCACCGCCGGACAGAUUUCUCCUGAUUUGUUCUAUGCCAAUUCUCGCUUGUUGGCCAUGCGCCUGUAUGUUGACAAGAGCUUUGCCACCGCCAUGCCUGGUUAUGCAGAAAAUUUUUACACCCUCAUGCAAUGGGAAAUGGAGACUUUUGUAACUCCAUUCAUCAACAUAUCCUUCCUGACCAGGUGCUCCGCUACCAUUCCAAAACUUCUCCACGCUGUGAUUGCAAUUUUGGUUGUGAAUAAAUUUGUGGACCGGCAACCGGAUGUGAAUGAGGUCCUCAUGGAUAUCAAAGCAUUGCCUCUUUCUGUCAAUUCCGCCACAUCAGAUGAAUAUGACAUUGCUCACUGGGCAUUAUACCAGACCUACCUUGCCGGUGAAUUGGUUUAUGACACCUUCAUGUCCAAAAUUCAUCAGCAACCGGUAAAGCCAAUGAGUGUUGGACUUUUAGAUGUCGACACUUGUAUUGCUUUGGAGCAGCUUGCCAAUGUCCUGGCCGUUGCUUACUUCAAUCCUGUUCAUCUCAAAAUUGACAUGGUUAGAUACAAUGAAUCUCUGGAAAAAUAUGAAUCCGGACGAAGCGAGAAACAAGAGCAAACUCUUUUAGACAAAUUCCCUCCUGCAGAACAGGUUGUCCUAAGAACACCGAGUGUCAUCAUUGAUUCCGGAGGCAGAAUCAUUGUCUGGUAUUUGCCCGGAGCCAUGACUGGCAUGAUAAUGACAGACAUGCAAUGCGCCACAAAUUCCAUAGGACAUCUGUUGAACGACAGCAUCACCACCAGGAAGGCUACUGAAUGGAGGACCCAUGAGUCCAAUUUCUAUCCGAGUCCGGAUGGGAAGAUCACACCCAGUUGCAUCAAUAUAUCACCCGCCUGGUUUCAGCAAGGCAGAGAGAAACAUGGUUUCCCAAAACUUGAUCCGGAAGAUGGCUUCUCACCUCAGGUAUCCGCUGCAUUGAAAGGUGAUGUUGGUCGCAAUAUCACAACCUCCCUUCAAAGAUCCAGUAUCCUUGUCUCUGCUGCACUUCGGGUCAUGCACCCAGAUCUAUAUCGGGCUGGAAUCAAAACUCAAGUCAGGCUCGGUGAAUGGGUGACCCAGUAUCAGUUAGAAGACAUGUGCCAUCAUCUCAAACAUUGGGCAUCUGUCUUCAAUGUAGUGUCAGUCAUUUGCAAUCGCCGGUCACCACCUCAUAGAGAUCCAAAAUGUCGACCGGAGGCAUUUGAUAUUAUGACAACCGCAGGCGUUUAUCAUCCGGUCAUAAUGGAUUUCAUGAAUCUCGGCAUCAAGUUUCUAUAUGACUCUGGGUCAAUGUUGGCCUCAUCAUGUCGCCUUGUCAGACAUCACAUGCAUGUUGAACAGGGUAGCCGGAUUGUCACUGCGUGGUACAUGCGAGAUAGUAUCCAUAAUUUUGUUGGAACUCCAAGGACAGACUAUGCAAAAUAUGGCAAUGUACAACGCAGUGACCCGGUUGAGCAGAAAGAUGUCUAG